UUUGCCCUCUUUAGACUUUCUAAAAUUCCUAAUCAAAUCUCAAGUGAGAGAACGGAACAAGUGUACUCAAAUCCAAAGUCGCCAAAUUAAGCGCAACAAUGGCGACUACGAUACCUCUCUUUGCUUCUUUCAAAUACGCCGAUAGCUUAACCGUCGUCGGAAUCUCCUUCUGCACCGCGUUGGUCUGUGAAGCCAUCUCAUGGAUCUUAAUCUACCGCACCAACUCCUACAAGUCCUUGAAAUACUCCAUUGACAAGGCCGCGAAGAAACUCGAGACGAUGAAGACUGAGAAUCCAUCUUCCAAGCUAUCCAUAAAGAAAUCGAAGACGAAGAAGAUAGAUCGCGUCGAAACAAGCUUGAAGGAAUCGAGCCGAGAUCUGUCUCUCUUCAAGUUCAAAUCCGGCGCUGUUGUGGCUCUGGUUCUCUUCGUCGUCUUUGGAUUGCUCAAUUCACUCUUCGAAGGUAAAGUCGUCGCGAAGCUCCCUUUUCACCCGAUCACGAUUGUGAAGAAGAUGAGCCAUAGGGGACUGAAAGGCGACGAUGCGACGGAUUGUUCAAUGGCGUUUCUCUAUCUGCUGUGUUCGAUCAGUAUAAGAACCAAUCUGCAGAAAUUUCUGGGAUUUUCUCCGCCGCGAGGAGCUGCUGGUGCUGGUGGUUUGUUCCCAAUGCCUGAUCCCAAGACCAACUGAUCAAUCAGUAUGAUCGAUCAUCACUCCUUUUGAUUAUUUUUCAGAGAUUUUUGAACAAAUUGAUGAUUUUUCGUAAUAAGAUUUCAAGUUUUCAAAAUUUUAUGAUGUUUGGAUUCCGAUUCGAUCUAUGGAAGUUAAUCAAACGAGACAUAAA